CCAUCUUACACACCUUCUUCACUAAAAUCACCAUCUCAGAAUUCACCCACUUCUGCUUCUGCUUCUUCUGGGCUGCUUCUGCAUCAUAUUCUUAAUUUUCUCUGCUAACUAUCUUCACAUGCACCACUACUCUCAUCAUAUAUAAUUAAAUUCAAUGCAAUCACUUUCUCUAAAACCUAAAUUCUAGAGACUUCCUUUAUCCUCAAUCUCUUCUUUUUCAAAAACAACACAAAAAUCUCCUUCUGUUGCUCAUGUAUUAUUAGUACUUUGAUUUGAGGCCUCAAAGAAAAAAUGGGACACCACUCUUGCUGCAACAAACAGAAGGUCAAAAGAGGGCUCUGGUCACCCGAAGAAGAUGAAAAACUCAUCAACUACAUCACAACUUACGGACAUGGUUGCUGGAGUUCUGUUCCAAAACUUGCAGGCCUGCAAAGGUGUGGGAAGAGUUGCAGAUUAAGAUGGAUAAAUUAUCUGAGACCUGAUUUGAAACGUGGAAGCUUCUCUCCUCAAGAAGCAGCUCUCAUUAUUGAACUCCACAGCAUUUUAGGGAACAGGUGGGCUCAGAUAGCGAAGCACCUACCUGGAAGAACAGAUAAUGAGGUGAAAAACUUUUGGAAUUCAAGCAUAAAGAAGAAACUCCUUUCUCAUGAUGCUAUUAUUCCUCCUUUAGCCACAUUUUCUGAUUUUCACACCCCCAGCACCACCAACAUUGCUUCCAUGGAAACUUUCUUCCCUUUUUCUGCAAACCCUAAUCUCAUCUUAAACUUCCACCAUUACACAGACCAGUUCUACCUUCCCCCCACACCAUCCCCAUUUUUUGAUCAUAACAGCAAUGAUAUGAAGUUAGCUUUCAACACUUACAAUGCCAAUUUCCUUCAUAUUCAGAAUCCAGCAGCAGUAGCAGAAACAGCACUACCAUGUUCCAAUCAAAUCACCAAAAGUGACACUGUUCUUGACAAAUUCAUCAACCCAACAGCAUUGCAGGAACACGAAUACCAGUUGGUAGAAGAGCCCGAACCCCUUGUGCCAAUAACGAGUGAGAACAUUGAGGAUUAUGUUUGCAGCAGCAAUUAUCCACAAGAACAACACGAGGCUACAACAAAAUUUCAGUGUUAUCCACAAGAUCUAGCUGUGGCAGUGAACCAGUUAGAGUACAUUGAUGCGUUCAUGUCAUUGUUGCCAUCUUCAACAACUUCAUCGUCAUCAGUUUCAAGCACCCAAAAAGUCCCAAACCCUAUUAUUCCCUCAGGAUGGGAGCCUUGAACGUUGGUACUAUUUAUAGAUAUAAAUUUAAUUUUAUCUAUAUAUAGUACAUUUAAUUAAAUAAUUAGGGAAUCUCUUUGAUGAUCAAUGAACUCAAUUAUUUUUCUUGAACUUUUUCUCAAAAAAGUGUAGAUCUUCUCUUAUUGAUAAACCUGAACCUUGCUAGUUCAGGGACACUUCCAUUGAUGAAUGGUUGCAGAAGUUCCAUAAAUGUGUCUAGGUUCUUUCACAUAUUUGUCACCAUACUUUCUAUAUAUGAAUUAUUGAAGGCAGCUA